AUGAGUUGGGAACUUCGUCCCAAAGGAUAUGGAGAACCUUUCUACGGGGAUGAGGCAGGAUUUUCUAUUCAGAUGUACCACAAUGGUGAAAUAAGAGGUAACUAUUAUGUGAAUGGAAUGUCAACGACUAAGAUAGAUGCCAUGGUAAAGGAGUUUGGGCACGAAGGUUUGAUUAACUACUGGUACAGUAUUCUAGGUGAUAAUUUUGAUAGUGGCCUAGUUAAGCUAAGUGAGGAUGCAGAAUUUGUGUCAGACACUAGGUUGAUAAAUAUAUUCCUAGAACAUGUCUUGACAUGCAGUCAAGAGCAGUUUUACAGUCAAGUGGCUUCAAACAUAUUUAUAAAUUUGGAUGAUGAUUUUGGGGCCAACAUUAGGGUAGUGAUUGAAGAGCUUGAUGACAAUUAUGGUGCCAUUGUUCCAGUGGGGUUGAAUCAAGUAGGGUUGACUGAUGAAGCUUCUAAACAAGGCAAAGAAUCUGCCACUGUGAAUAACGAGGAGAAUUCUGACGAGGGCCAAGAAAAGCCAAAUAAGGGUUGUUUUGAUAAAGGCAAAGGCAAGGAUAAAGACAUGUCACAUAGGGCAAAGUGUGCUUUUGGUGCAAAUAGAUGCGGCAGUUUGAGGAGGACAAAGAAUGUUCACCACAAAGACAAAGUUGUUGAAGGAAGCGUUGAUGUCGUCAAGACCGAGUCCAAAAGACAUUCUAUGAUGUUGAGAAGUGGAAGAAGAUUUGCAAAUGUUGCAGACUUUGAAGAUGAAGAUGAUGAUGCUUCUAAUAGUGAAGAUUCAGAUUAUAUGAUUCACAAGAACUUUAGUGAAGAUGAAGAUGAAGAUGAUGUUUUUUUUAUUUUUUAUGAAUGGGUGGAUGACCGAAUUGAAUGGACAAGGGUUAAACAAACUAAGAAUGAGGCUGCUCCUGAUUGGCCUACAGACUUUGAAUUAGAUUCUGAAAAUUGUGAGUGCAAGGAUUAUGCCAAGUAUAAUUAUGACAAGGAACUUGAUAAGAAUUGGCCAAAGUUCAAUGCUGCAGCUGACAUGGAAGAUCCAAAGUUUGAGAUUGGCAUGUUGUUUACUGAUUGUAAGGUGUUUAGGGCUGCUGUCAGAGAAUACUCCAUCUUGCAGAAUAGGGAUGUUGUGUUUAUUAGGAAUGAGGCUUUGAAGCUGAAGGCAGUUUGUGGGGACUCAGAUUGUGGGUGGAUGAUAUAUGCUUCAAAAAUGCAACAUGAGAACACAUUGUAA